UAAUAGUUUAAUCAGUCUUAGUGUAAAACCAACAAAACCUUUAACAGUUCUGAUAGCUUUUAGGCUUUAUUUCUUUUUAAGAAUAUUUUAAUAAGUACCUGUUUCCUUCUGGGAACAAAAUGGGAUUUUACAUGUUGUUUGUCUCCAAUGCAAAUUGCACACAAACUUCAAACGGGAGCUCUCUCAAGUUUCAACCAUGAAAGGCUAAAAAGUAUAUGUUUUUAGUGGAAAUUUGAAGGGAAGGACGGACCCAAGAUGGCGAAUACUUGUGUUGACACUGUCUUAGAGAAAUUGGAAUGCUUAGAGAAACUUGGGUUUAGAUCUAGGGUAGAAGAUGAAGCUCUGACCCUUAAAACAGAGCUGAAGUUUCUGAGAACCUUUCUGUUUGGUAGUUUAAAGUGGAAAAUCAGUGGCAUUAAUACUGGGAACGUCGAGGCUGCAAUGGUUGAGGCAGAGAAGCAGCUAUCUGUUUUCAUGUCAGGUAGUUUGAAGGAGGAUUUAAGCGAUAUGAUUCUAGAUCUGCUCAAAAGGGUUGAGGAUUUCAAACUGGAAAUUGGAGAAAGUUACUUAGUUUGGUCUAAAUGUUUAUUGCGACCUAACUCUUCCGUGGGUGGUCAAGAUGUGCUUGAAUUCAUUGAAUCUGUGCUACAGAAUAUAAUGGAUCUGAUGAGUUUGAAAGAGAUUUUGAUUAUUUCUUUGAAGGAGCAACUCUUGGCCCUUGAAACCAAGUUAAGGUUCUUGAAAAAAUUCGUUGCAUUCGCAGUUGAGCAGCAAGCAGUGUAUCAGAGGAUUGGAAACUUUUUGUCCGGCAUUGGAGAGGUCGUGGAAAACGCGGCAAUCUUCACUUACUUCUGUUGGCUGAAGAAAGUAGAUGCCACUGAAGAAGAUGCCAGUGAUUUGCUUCAUGAUCUGGUUGAUAAGAUUGACCCUUAUAAGCCGCAGCUUUUAGAUAUGUAUAUUGGUAUCUUGAAAACUUCAGCCAUUUCAGGAUCUGACAUUUGCUUGGCUGGUGAAGUGGUGUGUGGUUUUGUCCACUUUCUCUUGGGAGAUUUUCUGGUUCCCAUGAAUGAUCAAAUUGAAGAAAUUUUAGAUGGGCUGAUACUGCUCAUGGGAUGUCUUACUGACCCACCACAGCGACACCAUUGGCAUGGAAAACUAGUAUCAAGUCACACAGAAAUGGCAAUCAGCGAUGUAACAUCCCUCAUUGCGUCGUUUUGUCGUGGCAAAAGAAAAGACUGCAUUCACAGGGAGAAUGAUGAGGUUCUUUCUGAUAUACAUAAAAACAUUUCAACCUUCAGGGGAAUGCUCAAAGGGAUGGUUCCUGAAAUUGUUGACUUACCUAAAUCUAUUCUUUCUGAUUAUAAGGGAGGUGGAUCCAUUGAUGGUUUCUUGUCAGAACUCAGAGAGCUUCUGCGGAGCAAGCCUGGGCCAGUUUCUUUUGUGAAGCAUCAACUAGAAAUCAUCUUGCGCGCGGUGGAGAAUUUUAGGUCUUUCCUGAUUAAUAAUGAGGCAGAGCAGCAAGAUGAAGUGGAGGAGGAAGUCAUGUGUAUUUGGUCUUCUAUUUCAGCUGUGGUACACGAGGUAGCUUACACCGUCAGUUGCUUUAUGUUAAUGCCUCAUCCUGUGUGGCAUUAUUUAUCUCUGUUCUCAGACAUAAUAGGUUCAUGCAAAUCGAUAAAUGCUAAGGUAUAUCGUCAUGAACAUAGUGAUCAUCCUGUGGCAAAGGAAAGUGCAAGGACUUCCAACCCUGAAUCACCACAAGUUGUCUCCUCAGCAGUAGAUGAGCUUGUGGUUGGUCUUCCAGAUGAAUCAAAAGUUAUUAGAGAAAAACUUACAAGAGGUACAAAGAAGCUAGAUAUUGUUGCAAUCGUUGGAAUGCCAGGUCUGGGCAAGACAACUUUGGCACGGAAAUUGUAUGAUGAACCCUCAGUUACCUAUCACUUUCAUGUACGUGCAUGGUCCCGCAUCUCUCAAACAUAUGACAGGAGAGUUUUGGUGCUGGGCAUUUUGGGUCAAGUUCUUGAGCUUACUGAUGAAAUUUUGAUCAAGAAUGACGACGACUUAAUUGAACAGCUCCGUAAAUGUUUGAAAGGAAAACGGUACCUCAUAGUAAUGGAUGAUAUGUGGGACACUAGAGCUUGGGACGACUUGCGAAAUUCAUUUCCAGAUGACAAAAAUAGUAGUAGAAUACUGUUUACUAGUCGGUUGCAUGAGGUGGCUUUGCAAGUGAAACCUGAUUGCAAUCCUCAUUCUCUUCGAUUAUUUUCUAAAGAGGAGAGCUGGGAGUUGUUAGAGAAGAGGCUAUUUCAGAAAGAACAGUGCCCCAAGGAACUUUUGGACUUGGGCAGACAGAUCGCAGCAGGUUGUCAAGGAUUGCCCCUUUCAGUUGUUCUUGUAGCUGGAAUACUUGCUAGGACAGAGAAGACGGUGUGCUGUUGGAAUCAAGUUGCAAAGAGUGUUAGCUCGAAGCUUGUUGGUGAGACAGAGCAGUGCAUGGAAAUACUGGAGUGGAGUUACAAGAAUUUACCGGAUCAACUGAAAGCAUGCUUUCUGUAUUUUGGAUCAUUUCCUGAGGAUGAUGAAAUUGUAGUUCGAAAGUUGGUAAAGCUAUGGGUUGCAGAAGGAUUGGUGAGCGGACAAGAGUUAAAGAAUUUAGAGGACAUUGCUGAGGACUACUUGAUGGAUCUAAUUAGCAGAAGUCUAGUCACUGUUUCAAGAAGAAGUUCCAGGGGUAGGGUCAAAACAUGCCAGGUUCAUGAUUUACUACAUGAGUUCUGCAAGGCAAAAGCUAAACAAAAGCAUUUUCUGAAGUUGAUAUAUGAUGAUGACAUUAAAGAGCCAACUCUGUCCGACAUGAUAACUGAGUUGGAAGGCCAUUGUUUAGUUAAUUAUGUUACAUAUGAGGUACGUUGGAUGUCUGUUUUUGCUAGAUGGGAGCGUUUUAGCAGUAACAUGCCAUAUGGAACCCAUGUUCGCUCUCUCAUGUUCUUCUCUACUUAUAAUGCCAAUCAGUAUGGACAUUCCUCGUUUGGUUCUCCCGUUUCUGAAAUCUUUCACAACUAUGAACGUCUAAGGAUAUUAGAUCUCGGUCGCAUAAAUGUUGGUGAUUCAUUCCCUAGCAGAGUACAGAAUCUUGCCCAACUAACGUUCUUGUCUCUUUGUGGUCGCUUUGAUUUCAUCCCAUCGUCUAUAACUACGCUUGGGAAUCUUGAAACUUUAAUGGUGAAAGGAUUAAAAGGUGAAGUUAUACUACCAGAGACCAUUUGGAAGAUGGAGAGACUGACAACUUUGCAGAUAGACAACCGAUUUGUUUUCCGUGAGGGUGACUCUCAUCAGUGGGAAACGUCUCCAUCAAAUCUGUUGACAUGUUCCACACUCUCUCUUUCUCAUAGUAUUCAAAACAUUUUGAGCAGAUUGGCGAAUGUUAGACGAGUAAAGUUAAUAUGCUUUGACUCUUUUUGCUUCUCAGAUUUGGAGAUGCUAAAUAUGCUUGAAUCACUUAAACUGUUAUUCUAUGGUCAAAAUAUAUUAACCAGUGCAUUUUGCUUCCCUUCAACUCUUCGAAAAUUAACUUUGUCGAAGUUUUGCCUUCCUUGGGACAAAAUUUCAACUACUGGGAAACUUCCAAACCUUGAGGUUCUAAAGCUACUGCAUCGUGCCUUUGAGGGAGAGCAGUGGGACAUGGAUGAUGGGGAAUUUCUUAAACUCAAAUUCUUGAAGUUAGAUGGUCUGAACUUCGUCCAAUGGAAUGCAUCGAGUGAUCACUUGCCAGUACUUGAGCAACUGGUUGUUCACAGGUGUAAACAGCUUCAGGAGAUCCCAUCUAGUUUUGGAGACAUCCCCACUCUACAGAAGAUUGACUUGCAGUGGUGCAAUGUAUCGGCUUCAAAUUCUGCCAUGGAAAUCAAGACAGAACAACUGGAAAAUGGAAAUGAUUUUCUCAAGGUCCUAAUCCAUGCAGACUCCAGCUUAGCUCCUUGAAUACCAAGAAGAUUUUGGUUUUACCGUGUAAGAUCAUUCUAUUUUCUUUCUUAGCAGCAUUUGCGAUUCUGCUGUCAAUUUUAUGAGAAUUUUUACAACUAGUUGUCAAUUUCCAAAUUUUUGUCUAUUUUAUAGCAUAUUGCUAGUAGUAGCUAUUAUGAACCCCUCUUUGAACUCUACUAAUCGUAAUGGAAGGAUUUGAAAGUACGACAAGGUUGCUUUUCUUGGAAGCAAAUUAAUGUAUUCGAAGAGAAAUGUUUUUGACAAGCUGUAUGAACUAAUUGUUGCAAGCUAGCCACAAAAUUAAUAAGAAAAGUGAAAUUUAAAGUUCUGACGCAUUCCUGACUAUUCCAUAAAAGCUAUUUAUAACAACCCAUACCAUUCCGGAUUAUGACUGAAACAUAGGGCCUCAGGUGUUAGUGUAGGCACUGUUGUAGAUAUGGUUUUCAUAGAGUCCAAACGAAGGAGAGUUCGAUUCUAUAAACUGUCAUAUUUCAGGAUUUGGAUCAUGUCAGAACCAUUUAUAGAAUAUAGUGGCAACAAUUGUUCCAUUUCAACCUUACAUAAAAUUAAUCUCUAUUUCGUCUGAGAAGGCC